CCAGUGCUAAAGUGGUGUGUGUCAAACCGGGGAGGAUGCGUCCGGUACGGUGGGGCCGACACGAUAAGCUCUGAAUGCACCUCAACCUGUUCACGUUACCAAAGCUUGCAGUGUCUGCGAAGUUACUUAUCUGCCUAUUGAUGGUGGUUAGCAGUGAAUCAGUGCCGCCUGUGGCCCGGUCAGUGACGCUGUACAACCAGUGCUCCUGCUCCAUGCUGAGGGUGAACAGGACAGGGGCCGUCGCUGCCGACAAUUCAGAAGAUGGAUACGAAAAGCUGAUUAUUCAGUCCAGAGACUACUCUGGAAAAUUACUUAUUUAUGGAGAAAAAUCCAGAAGAUACCUAUGCUUCAACCCACGCUGGAAAUUAGUUGGAUCUAAAAAGGUGCGUGGCCGACAGUGCUACUUCAGUGAGGAGAUGGUGGUGGGAGGGUACUACAGGUACCGCUCCACGCUGGACAAGGACAAGUACCUGGGCUUCCUGAGCUCCGGACGGCAGCUGCGGGGGAGGAAGCCGCCCAACCCCAACUGCCUCAACUGGGUCAAGAUCGACUUGGGCUUCUCGAUAGGGGCCCACAACGACGAGAUAUCCAAGGGGUCCUCCAAGUUCUCCUUCGAGAUGUUCGCCGACCGCAGGGUGAGGCACAGCGGCAAGCGCCGCCUCCACAAGGGCUGAGUCCACCCAGCCAUUGUAUUAUCCUUUGUCUAGCCGUUCCCAUUCCUUGUUUAUAGUUAGCACUUACACGGGCGCGUAUGUCCCUCCCUUCUACCAAAGAGGAACAGUGCCGAGGCACGUGUGGAACCUUAGUCAUAAGUUGAGGCGGCAUGCGGGCGUUUGCUUCUUUCCAGUUUUCAACGGAAAUUAAAUUUCAGUUUGACACGAUUCUUCAAAAUAUUGAAAACUUCCCAUUUCGAGACUAUGACAUCUCUCAACUCCGGUCUUCCUGAUAAAGUUAUUUAUUUGAAUACAGUCAAAAGUUGUUUUUUUUUUAUUUCACCCAGUAUUAUAGAUGUUAUCUGAAUGAACCAUCUGAAAGCUUUCCAUGUAGUUCAGCGGACACGGAAGGAUCGAGAAGACAUAUUUUCAUCUGGUAGAAAUAUAUUCCACAUAGAUCUUGAUAAAGGAGUAGAAUCUUUUAUUUUAUUGUCCAUUGGAUUCCCAGUAUGCGUCCGUGUUGAUUGUUGUUUAUAUUUUUUUUUUGUAUUUUUUAUUAUAAAAAAACUGCGUUUUUGGUAACUGAAACCAUUUAUUUAAAAAUAUAAAUAUAUUGUCUACUAGUCCCUGCGUGUUUUGUACGGUUAGAUGUUUCAUACCGCCAUAACGCCCCAGCACUAGAUAACCCUUUGUAAACUGUUAGUAUGUAAAAGAGAAAGUAUUAGAUAUUUGUACACAUUCCAAAAUAAAGGGUGCUUCGAAGGCUGAGCCGUAGGCGACUGUAAAGCUUUAGUUUAGGCCACUGCUUCACGGAUACACUUUUUUUUAAUGGCUGUCAUAGACAAUAAAAGUUCAGAUUGGAUGUAUCGUUCAACUGUUAAUUUGGGCUAAAAUAAAAAAUAAAAUAAAACUCUUAUAACACGAAUAUAAUAGCUAAUGCAAUUGAAUAAUGAAAUCGGCUUAAAAUACGUGAAAUAUCGCCUAUCCGUGCAUUGUGUAUAUAUAUGUGUAUUUUUUUUUUUAAUUUUAAAUUUGAUUUCAUUGAAGUCUUUUAAUUAUUUAUUUAAAUGCUAAAUUAUAAAAAAGUAUUUAUAAAAUGAAUAAAAAUAUAUAAAUGUUGCCUUUAAAUAUUUUAUGUACAAUUUUUGUAUUAUAGGGAUAGAUUUAGUCUGUGUAUUAAAGAUAUUAUCCUCGUCAUCUGGGUAUGUUUUUAUUUAUUAAUGGCUCUCAAAAUGGAUUGUGCGUUCCUUGCUGCAGUAUUCUUAAGUGUUGUGAGUCGCUUUCAGCCACUACACCUACUAUUAAUGUUACAAUAAUUUAGUAAAAGCAGGACUUGUCAAUAGAAAUUAUCAGUAAUAAACCAAGUAUCCCUCGAACAUACUUAGCGAGCAUUGAUCUUAUAAAAAUGUUUGAGGAUACUUAAUGCUUCUGUAUGUAAACCAUAAAACAAAUGUAAUGGCUUAUAUAAAAAAAAAAAUUGUAAUAAAAAAACAAAAAAAAGUACCCACUCUAAACCCCAUAUAACAGAUGAUUACCAAAAAAUAGACUGAUCUGCAUUAAAUGUUAAGUAUGUAUUGUAUAGUUGUGUAUGCAAAACCCUUAUCUGUAUGCAUUGUAUAGAUGAUAUAUAAAUUAAAUACGCUAGCUCUCAGUUUUGUAUAAAUCUAUUUAUAAUUCAAACAUUAUUCUGGCUGUAAUGCCAUAAUUAUUAACAAAUCUUAUAAUUAUAAGUUUCUAUUAUUAUUGUAUUAAUACAUAAUAAUUUUUGUACAGUAAUUUUUAAUACCCUUUUUUAAGUUCUUUGUUAGCUGCUCUUGAAGAGUAUCGAUGUAUUUUGUUCUGUAUAAUUCUAACAGUAUUAUAAAAAUAAACUAAUAAUAUCGUUUACCUGAA